UAACCUUAAAUAUUACUGGCAGUUUGUUUUUGUUUUAGUACAUUAUUUGUAAUGUCUGCUGUAAAUAUUCUAACAUUGUCACCCAAACCGGGUUCAGUUCUAGUCAACAAUGUAACCCUGGCUGCCGGAAUUACACUCAAAAAUCGACAACUUUUACGCAAUGUGAGGUACUGGCAUAAGUUUACUGUGAGUAAUACAGAUGGAUUAAGUAGAAAUGAAAUUCUAAAAGCAAUACUGGAUCACGUCCAUCCCUUAGAUUUAAUUCCAGUAUUUUUUGUUAAAGAAAAUACUAGUUCAAAUUCAUAUUUUUUGGCCCGAAAUUGUGAGGCCGCUAUUGAUAAACUAUGCAAUGAUAAUUUAAUAGUGGAUCAUCCCUGGAAUAAAAAUAGUGCCAACAAGAAACACACACCUUUUAAGCUGAGUAUUUUGUUAAACUUCUCUACUACUAACGAAAUUAAAAUUGAUGUACAAAAAAACGUUAUGAUGGUGCUAUCAAAACGCUAUGAUAAUUCAACAAAAACAUUGGACUGUGAAAAAUUUUAUGAUGAUCCAGAUUUAAAUGAAUUUUGCCCAUUGUCACAGCCAAAAAUUAUGUACUUUGUUUUACAUUUGGCAAAAACUUUGAAUCCAGAAGAGAUCAUUUUAGCUGAUAAUGGUAUAAAAGUUUUAAAUCCACUAGAAGUAUUGGUAACUGCAAAGGUUCAUUCUUUAGAUUUGAGUAAUAAUUUGAUUUCUUCUGUAAGUGAGCUUGGCUAUAUAAGAAAUUUUCACUUAAACAAUUUAAAUUUGAGUGGUAAUCCAUUUUGUCUGGAAUUUGAUGAGCAACAGUAUAUUUCGACCAUCCGGAUAUACUCUCCAAAUUUGGAAGUGCUUGAUGGAUUACUACUAAGUUAUGGCAAAUUACCACUUCUUAGACGAAACUUCAUAUGCGAUGAUUCUGGUAUAGACCUGGCAAAUCAAUUUGUGGAGUACUAUUUCACAGUUUAUGAUUCUAGAAGUAAAUUGGGUCUUGAAAACAUUUACGACAAGAACGCAAUGUUUUCACUAACCAGCACCUACCAUCCUAACCAAUUAUCAUCAAAAACAGCCCAGUUGAAAACAUACAACGUAUUUUCGAGAAACUUAAUGAAGUGUGCGGAUUUGUCAAGGACCAGUCAGUUUUUGUACAUGAGCAGGGAAAAAAUUGUUGACUUUUUUAUAAAAAGCCUUCCACACACUGAACAUGACCCUUACACAUUUAGUGUGGACUUGAUGAUAAAAAGUUAUAAUCUAGCAAUAAUUGUGGUUUCGGGUGUAUUCCAUGAGUUACCGACCUAUCCAGAUGAUCGAUUCUUAGGUUUUACUAGACAAUUUGUUCUUGCGUUAACCCCUGAAGGAGGUUGCUCCAUAAUUAACGAGCAGAUGCACAUUCACAAUGCAUUUUCAAACCAAGUGAAUGUCUCGCUUCAACACUUUAAGGAGUCAUUGGUACCCUUAAACAAAGACGUCAUACCCAGAGCUCGAAACAAAAAAGAUUUUAGGGAUUGUAUCGUUACUUUGAUGGCACUUACGAACCUCAAGAAAGAUUGGGCAUUAAAGUGUUUAGAAGAAGGUAAGUUUGAAUUGAAAAAAUCAUUGGAAUUGUUUGUACAGUUGUAUAAAGCAGAUAAAAUUCCUAUAGACGCUUUUGAAGAGAAAAACUAAUAGUAAGAUGGGAUAGUUUAAAAAUCAUUAUUUUU